AUGUCCUAUUUGGAUUUUAUUCGGGAUACCAGUGCUGAGCCACCUCCUAUGAAGUCUAUUCCUGUAGUUAAGGAGUUCGCAGAUAUAUUUUCUACUGAUCUUCUGAGAGUUCCUCAGGAUAGGGAUAUUGACUUUUCUAUUGACUUAGAGUCGGGCACUAAGCCCAUCUCUAUUCCACCUUAUUGCAUGGCUCUGGCAGAGUUGAUAGAAUUGAAGGACAAAUUGCAGGAUCUGUUGAGUAAGGGGUUUAUUUGCCCUAGUGUGUCACCUUGGGAUUUGAGAUCUGGUUAUCAUCAGUUAAGGAUUAGACCGUCAGAUGUUCCUAAGAUUGCUUUCCGAACUCAUUAUGACCAUUAUGAGUUUCUGGUUAUAUCAUUUGAGAUGACUAAAGCCCCAGCAACAUUUAUGGAGUUGAUGAAUGGGAGUUUUGAUGUAGAUAGGGAGGUGGUUGCCUAUGUAUCUAGACAGUUGAAGGCUCAUGAGAAGAACUACCAUACCCACAAUUUAGAGUUAGCAGCAGUGGUAUUUGUGUUGAAGCUAUGGCGUCAUUCCUUAUAUGGUGUGCAUUAUGAGGCCAAUAUGGUGGCUGAUGCUUUGAGUAGGAAGGCUUCUAGUAUGGGGAGUCUGACGGAGAUUCGUGUUGAUAUGAGGCCCCUGGCUAGAGCUUUUAGAGAUUAG